ACUCGCGAGCAGGCGACGGCGAUUAUGAAGCUGGUCAAGCUCAAGGUCAACCUAGGAAUGGAGAAAGUGCGGCUGGAGAUGCUGACCCGCAGCGACCUCGAAAACGACGCAUACCUAUUUAAGGCGGCUUUGCAGGAGCUGCGCACCGAGACGCAGGAUGAUUCGCAAAAACGACCAGGCGCUGCUCGAGUCGCACGCAGCAGCGAUUAGUCGCGAUAUUGAGUCGCUGGCGCAGAGGAACAAAUGACGAAAUUGCAAAUCUGCGAUCCGAUAUCGAGAUUGAGAUGAAUAACCGCAAGCACGAUUCGAGCCAUGCAAUGAAGCAUUUGGAUAUGAAACUGCACGCGCUUGCGAGUCGGUACCAAGUGCUUGUCGGCGAAAUGAAAACAGAUAUCGAGGCAAUCCGGCUCGAGUCCAUUCGCAGUGGUUUGGUGGCAGUGGUUGUCACGGCGCUGGUCGUUGUUGGGUUUGUCUGGGUACCGACGCUGUGGAAUAAGGAGCGGGACGAGGAUGACAGCGACAGCACGGAUCCGAACGCUAAGAAGGCUGGCACAGCCAAGCAUAUGCUCGACUCAAGCUGCCGUUUGGCGGUGCUGCUGAUCCUGGUCCACCACAAGGACUCCUCUCAUGGGUUCUCUGACCACCACCAUCCAUAUCUCUGGGGUACCAGAUCCAGCUGGCAUAUCAGCCCGGUCCUGCAGAGCGUCCCUGCUGUGGCGGAUGGAAAUUCAGCAUACCGUGACCACCGCCACCUACUGAUCCAGUACGAUCCGACAAUCUCUUCUGCCGAGAGCCAGUUUGGAUCAGUUGCAGCACCGCCCAAGGCAGACAACAGCUCCAAGACAGAGGACAAAGCAGGAGGACAAAUAUGAUGACUGGUUCGAUUCCUUCUUCUACCCACCGCAGGAUAUUGCCGAGCGUCGACAAACAAACAAGGCAACCCUGAUGGAAGGCGAUUCGAAGCUCGAUUCAGCCUUCUGGAACACCCCGGAUAGCGUCAAGAGCGAUGAGGAUGCUCAGGAGCCAGGCAGAGCAGAAUGCUGCCGACAAAGGCGAUACAGAAGACCAAGAGGCUACCUCACAGUUGCCGUUGCACUUUACAU